AUGGCUUCAAACGAGGUGUCAGACUCAGUCACUACCCCUCAGAGGCUCAAUCAGAUUGCAGAUAUCGCCCGAAUUUGUGGCAAGAUGAAAGAGUUUCUUUCCAAAUCAACAUGCACCCCUAAUGGUGAAGAGUUUGCGACAGCCCUGUCCAAAGAAUCCGGCGCAGUCAGCGUCAGUACCACAAAGUCCCAGAAAGCUAUGUCGAAAGAGCCAACCGAAAUUGAAGCCAUAGGAUCAGGAAAGGCAGAAGAAGAUGUUGCAGCUGCACCAGAGCGUGCUACGGUCUCGUCAAAGGCCUCAGAGCUCCCGCCAGGGGUGCAGAAGCAAGUCACGGAGCCGUCAAUCAACAUUUCGCUCAGAAACGACAGCAAGGAAACGAAAGCCUCGCCUGCAAAAAGCUCGUCUGCCUCUGCCUCUGCCUCUGCCCCAGCACCAUCGCCGGCGCCGCCGCCAGCACCUUUGCACAUUAUUCAGGCUGCGAUGUCAUCGUCCCAUACUCCCAGGUUUAAAGCAGAUGGGAGUAGAGAAAGUUGGGUAGUAAGCAGUAUUUCUUCCGCGGAUACCGUACACCAAGACGUGGCUACACUCGGUAGUCGUCAUGGACUAGACAAAGCUUGCCUGUUCACUGCAGCUGCCAACAGCCAAGGCGACAAAGAUCUGGUGAAAGCGUGGCUUACCAAGUUCUUAACAUCUCCAUCCGUAGAAAUCUCGCGCGAAGAGUUUCAAGCUCCAGAUCACAUUGACUGUGACAUUAACCCCGAAAACGGGACAUUUCUUGCACCUGUCAUACAGCCGGCAACAUUGCAAAGGAAACCAGAAGGGCCCUGCAGAAACUUCAACGACAUUUACUGGCGACAAGUCAAUAUGACGUCGGAGCUCCACAUCAAGAAAGAGCUGAAGUGUCGCGAGAAUCUUGCCACUGCUCUGCAUCGUGCACUUGACCAAGACGUCUCUACCGUUCAGCCCCAACCCCCGGCCGAGCCCGAAGAGCACUGGCCGUCGGCAAACUGCUUUAUUCGGCCUGCUGAGGCCUCAGACUUUGCGGCAAUUGCCGACAUAAUUGACGCAGAGGCCGCAAAUGCACACAAUCCCCAGGUAUUUAUAGACCAGAAGACGUCAACGCAAGACAUCGCCAGAAUCCACGAGGAAUGUCGCACAAACGGUCGCCCAUUUCUUGUCCUCCUACCCGCUGAGGAAGACUUUCGUGACAGAUCAAAAUGGCCCAAGAACUCUGAAAAAGUAUACCAAGAGUUUGUUCGAUACCUGGCGACCCGACCGAGGGCUGUUCCAACCAUUGCGGGAUUUGCCUUUAUAUCCGACUAUCGCCAUGGUAUUACAGGUAUGCCAUGCCCUGGGUCGCAGUACCUGGGCAAGCUCAAUAUCAUUGUUCACCCAAAGCACCGAGAGCAUCUCUAUGGGUCUGCGCUUUUGGAUCGCAUCUUGUUGUCUGUAUGCCCUUUCCACCAAAGCAAGAUCGACCAUACUUGGGAGUGUAAAGACCCAGACGGGAUCUACGAAUUUCCCGCCACUCAUAAUCGUCGACAGUAUACUCAAGUCUAUGUCGAAUGCUUUGGCGAGCAGGAAGCAAAGGACAGGUGGAAGACUGCUUUUCUGAAAAAAUCCGGGUUCAAAAAAGUCGGCCGUUUGAGAAAUGCUGUUGUUUCCAGGGACGAUACAUAUCACAGCCGCUGGCUCGACAUGGUCCUUUGGGAGUGUAGCGUUAUGAGCACGUCUGAGAUUGUUUUUAAAUAA